CGAAAAGAGAAACGUAGAAGCCAAAGGACGUUUUCAAAGAUUCUUUUCCAAAAGCCAACGAAAAGUGAUCGAGUUAAUUAUCAGAGUGAGAGAGAUCAGAAAAAGUUACUUAGAUCAGAUAUUCAACGAAGAUGCCAACAGGGUUCAGAUUCAAUCCAAAAGAUAUUGAACUGAUCAGAGACUAUCUUUACAACAAAGUCACAGGACAAGACUUACCUAGCCAAGGUCGUACUGUAAUCGUUGAGCAUGAUCUUUACGGUUCUGAGAAUCCGUGGGAAAUGUGGCAACGUUUCCGUGAGAAAGUGGUGAGAUCGGGUCAUUGUGAAGAUCUCUAUGUCUUCACAAGACUCAAGAGAAAGAGUCCUCAAGCUAAGAAUGUUGAGAGGAAGGUCGGAUCAGGCGCUUGGGAAGGUGAAGCUGUUGCCAGAAAGGUCGUAAUCCAAAGCCAAACCGGUGACGACGUCGUUGCUGGCUUCAUGAGGAGGUUCCGGUUCGAGAAAAGCCGAACCGAUCAAGAUGGCAAGUGGAUCAUGCAUGAGUAUUCGCUUAAUCCGUCGCUCUUUCACGACCUCAAAGUGAAAGAUUAUGUUAUAUGUCGAAUACGAAAAAAUGAUAGAGCUAUUAAACAUCAAAAUAAAAGAAAAGAGCCUGAAGCAAGCCAACAAAAAAAUUAUGAAGAGCAGAACAAUAAUCAAAUAAUAAUCCUGCAAGAGGGCAAGAAGAGACGAAGAACAAAGGCAAAAGGAAAUCAAAAAAGAAUUUGUGAAGAAAACAAAUAUAAUCAAAGAAUAAUCCUACCAGAAGAUGACAGGAAGAAAAGAACAGGGCCAAAAGAAAAUCAACAAAGAAUUUGUGAAGAAAAUAAAGAUAAUCAAAUAACCCUUGCAACAAAUGGGGAAGAAGAGAACAACAUGUCGAUGGAUGAGUUUGCAUCGUGGUUGGAGGAAAAUAUAAGCUUUGAUGUUGAUGAACAAGAAGAGGAGAAGGAAUUUUAUAAGCAAGAAGAGACUGACAUGUCGAUGGAUGAGUUUGCUACGUGGUUAGAGACAAACAUAAGCUUUGGUGUUGAUGAAGAAGCGAAGAAGGAAGAAAAUUUCAUCCCAGAUUUGGAUGGUGAGGAAUAUAUAGAAAUGCCCAUAUCAAAUAUGAUGGAUCAUCUUGAACUCUUUGUUGAAGAAGAGACCAAGUCAACUGUGGACGAUUUUAACUCUUGGCUGGACAAAUUAUUUCGGAAGCAGCCAGGGGAAGGAGAAUACCCAGAGAUAUUACUGCUCUGA